GUCUCACUGCGCCACUUCAGAUUUUGUUGGUGUUUUCUUGCGAUAAGAUGAAAUUGACUUACUUUUUUCUAAUCUGCGCUUUUGUGGCCGCCUCUGUGGCCAGCGAGCCUAAGGUGAAGAUCGGCAUCAAGAAGCGCGUGGAGAACUGCACCCGGAAGGCCAAAAGCGGUGACCUGGUCCAUGUCCAUUAUAAAGGUUCGCUGCAGGAUGGGACAGAAUUCGACAGCAGCUAUUCUCGCGGCACUCCCUUUUCCUUCACACUGGGCGCCCGUCAGGUCAUAAAGGGCUGGGAUCAGGGACUCCUGGGAAUGUGCGAGGGAGAACAGCGGAAGCUUACGAUUCCCCCGGAACUGGGCUACGGAGCAAGUGGAGCGGGCGGCGGAAAGAUUCCCCCCAAUGCGGUGCUUAUCUUCGAUGUAGAGUUGGUAAAAAUCGAACGUUCAGGAUCUGAAGAACUCUAGAAUAACUCAAUUAUGCUAAAUCGAAAGUUUACUUACAAUCAAAUUCAUAGAGUGCAUUCUCGGAGAAUUAAAAUAUUUUUUUCAACGUUAAAUUAAACAUACCCUCAUUAUAAUUUAAAACAAAUAUUCUUCGAAACAUGUUUUUUUCUUUGUGGUGAAACAAUAUUAAAAUCUCAAUUUGUACUUCAAUUUAUUUAUAUUCUAGUUUUUCUAAAUGCCACUCUUAGACCUAUAUAAUAAAGAACGCCAUUCUUUUGUA